AUCUACUUGAUAUUUUACUUAGCGUGCACUCGAUACAAGACAUAAAAAUGGCAGCGCAGUUGAAUUUAUUUGGAAAAAAUAUUUUAGUGACGGGUGCAGGAAGAGGUAUCGGUCGAGCUAUUUCUAUCGCUCUAUCUAAACAGGGAAGCAAUGUUUACGCGUUAAGCCGAACACCAUCCUCGUUAGAAUCGCUUGUUAAAGAACAUAAAUCAAUCGUGCCAAUCGUUGGAGAUGUAAAUGAUUGGGAGGAUACUAAAAGAAAAAUUGAAGAUUUGAAUGUGAUGGAUGGCCUAGUAAAUAAUGCCGGAAUAAUAAACGAAUACACAGGAUUUCAAUCGUUGACCAAACAACAGUUGGGUACAUAUUUGGAAACUAAUCUGCUCGGUGCUAUCAACGUCACAAAAGUUGUCGCGGAGAAAAUGAUCAAAGAAGGAAAACCAGGAUCUAUAGUGAAUGUUUCGAGUAUGUCCAGUAUAAAUCCUCUUUACGGUGGAAUAAUGCCUUACGUCAUAUCAAAGGCAGGGCUUGAUGCAGCAACGCGACAGUUUGCUUACGAGCUGGGACCGCAUAACAUUAGAGUAAACUCUGUUAAUCCGAGUCUUGUUUCCGGAACAGACAUGACAGAUGGGAUUGUGAAAAGUGACCCACAGCUUCGUGAUAGUACUGAAUACAGAACGCCAAUGAAAAGGCUUGUAGGAAUUGAUGACGUGUCUGGUGCCGUGGUUUAUUUGCUCAGUGAUCUUUCUUUAAUGGUGACGGCAACUUGUCAUAUAUUGGACGGCGGUAUUACAAACUGCAUUAUUGUCUAGACCUAUUUAUCACAUACCCGUGCCGCUUUUGCGACUCCGUAAAAAUGGUUUAAGGCUUGAAUAUAGAAUUAUAAUUAUAGUAAAGUACAUAUUUACAUGGACAUAUAUUUUUUAUAGGCAUUAUGACACAAUUUUCAUUUUGUAAUGUUUGUAUAUUUUAUGGUAAUAAAUUAUAUUUUGAGAGA